UAAUGAGUAUUUCUGUUAAUCAAUGUAUAAAAGAGGAUUGGGAUGAAAAGAGUACUAGUACAGAAGAAAAAGAUGAUGAAACUUUCUUUUAAAUUGAGUAAAAUAUCAUUAAAUAACUUAAGUGUUAAACCAAAAAAAAAGAGAUUUGAAACUAAAGAAUAAAAAAAACAAUUUAUAGAAGAGUAUACUAAGAAAAAGAAAACUGAAUUAUGUAAAAAUUAUGAAGCUUUAGGAUAUUGUAAAUUUGGAGAUGAAGUAAUAUAUAUAUAAUAUUAUAAAAUAGUGUUCCUUUGCACAUGGUCUAUCAUAAUUAUAACCUAAAAUUCAUUUACAUUAAAAUUAUAAGACCAAAGCUUGUGUUAGAUAUUUUAAUGAAGGAUUCUGUCCAUAUGGAAUUCGUUGUCAAUAUUUACAUAAUGAAAUCAUUAAUCAAUCAAAAUUUGAUCGAUAUUUAAUGAAUUGUUAUAAACAAAUUGGUAUGAAACCUCCUAUCUCUUAAAGUAAAAUUAAAUUCUAUUUUAGAAUUUUUAAAAACUUCAGAUAGAUUGGAUAUUUAAAGAUUUUAAUCAAUUUUCAAUACAUUUUAAAAGCAAGGACUUAAUAUUCAUUUUCAUAAUAGGUCUAUGUUUUUUAAAAAUUUAGAAAAUUAGUAAUCAUCUUGA